CUCCACGACAGACGGAUUUUUUCCAGCAAAGCAGAAACACGCAAAACGGAAGCGAACGGUGAAUGGAUUUGCAGCACAACAAAAAUCAUUCUUCGGUUUCCUUUCACAUUAGUUCGGGUGGUGUUUUUCUCGCACGUCCGUAAAGUGUUCAGUUUAUUGAUCAUUAGUGGCGCGAUAGUGUGUAAAUCCCGUUUCAAAAUGUGAUAAUCGAUGAAUCUCAUUUGAUUAUCCUGGUAUGAACCAUUACAUGUGAUAAUCGGAUCCCUUUCGUUGAGGUCUACGACAGUACCUUUCCCCCAUUUAGUGAGUGAGUGUAACCCUUGCCCCCCAAAUAACCACCUUGGACUUCACUUUGAAUGUAUGGAAGAAGAAAGCCAGCAACAACUGGCUCUGGCUUGAAGAGAAAAGAAAGUGAAGGAAUCCAGUGUAAAUAGCCCGGUAAGAGCGUGAAAAGAAAGAAGAAAAAAAACGAGGGCAAGGCAAACAGCUCCCUCAACUGGAAAGAAGAAAGUCCAUUCGGUAUUCGGCGGGUCUCGACUUAUACGUUGGUUCGCGGGUGUUCUAUUUUUUUAUUUUGUUGCGGCAAAAUCGUGAAAGGUUUACCUGUAUCCCUAAACCGCGCGGGCCCGCACACCAACAACUAUCCGGGAGCACUCCAAACCGGAGAGAAGCAGAAAGUAGCUAGCCGCUUGCCGUUAGCCAGUUCAUCUACAGUACAAGACUAAUCUGAACAUCCCACGCAAUAUCAGCCAACAACCAGUCGGUCACCAGCUGGCGGUGGCUAUUAAUCGUGAGUUUUGAAUUCUCACACAGAAGCACAAAACAUGGCCGGACCAGAAAUCACGUUUAUCUUCCAGUUCGGAAACCUGCGGGAUAUCGUAACUGUGUCUAGCCAGUCACUGACCCUGAAAACGCUCAAGGAUUUAGCCUGUGAUUUUAUCAACUCUAAGAUACCAGAAAACGGCCUAAACCGUCUAUCAGAUCGCCUACUUUUAUUCCGCCAUGACUACACCUCACCCAACGUCCUACAAAUGGUCAAUUCAGCCUCCGAAAUUAAUGAUGAAACAUUGGUGGAAAUCGUUCUCACAGCCAACCACACUCUGCUUCUUCCAGCAAUUAACGCCCCGGGUUCAGAAGAUAUACCAUUAGUGCGGCCGCAUGCCCUGGCCGUGCAUUCCUACAAGGCACCCACAUUUUGUGACUUCUGUGGGGAGAUGCUGUUCGGUCUGGUUCGCCAGGGACUGAAGUGUGACGGAUGUGGUCAAAACUAUCACAAACGCUGUGUCGUUAAAGUGCCAAAUAAUUGCAGCCGGGUGGAGCACACCGGUGUACUGAACAGCAACAACGGCAAAAGGCGGACAUCUUCGUCCCUGCAUCCGCCCCCACCGCGAAGCCCAUCCGGUGGUUCCAACACAUCCCUCAUCUCAGACGAUCAAAGCAGCACAACUGGAUCCGGUUCACUGCUGCUUACUGCUCAACAAACGGCGCCCGGGAGCAUCCGCCAGAACCGAUCCCCAUCGCUGGGCAGUCGAGGCUGCAGUACCGUUGGCAGCAUCAAAAUACCUCACAGCUUCUCUAUCCAUACCUACACUCGUCCGACGGUUUGCCAGUACUGUAAGAAGCUGCUCAAAGGACUGUUUAAACAGGGUGUCCAGUGUCGGGAUUGUCAUUACAAUGCGCACAAAAAAUGUGUGGAGCUAGUACCGAAAGAUUGUACGGGAGAAAACACUCAGCCGGUAGAUCCGCACGAUGACCGAACUGGUGGGAAUGAUCGAGAAAUGACCUACAAAGAGGAUGGUGGGGACGAAAGUGAUGUGGACGAUAACGUAUGCGGAGCUGGAAGUUCGAGUAAUAACAAUAGCAGCAGUAGUCAGAAUCGGAAUAUGAAUCUGUUGAUGGAUGCUGGACCUCCGGUUAAAAUUAACGGAAUGAUCACGCCGCUACACGAAGAAGAUGUAGCAGAGUGCAGUGAUCGUUUAGCUGUGAUCUGCGAACAGUCUCGACAAUCGAGUGAUUCUUCAUCGUCACCUAGUGCAAAUAUUCCGCUCAUGAGAAUUGUGCAAUCUGUAAAACACACUAAGAGACGCGAUGGCCGAGCCGUCAAGGAAGGUUGGUUGGUACAUUUUACCAACAAGGACAAAUCAGUCAAACGACAUUACUGGCGGCUGGAUUCCAAAGCCAUCACGUUGUUUGUUUCGGAUCAGGGAAGCAAGUAUUAUCGAGAGAUACCUUUGAACGAAAUUCUCACUGUAGACCCCGCUAGAAAUUUGCAAAAUGAAGUGCUGCAUUGCUUCGAGAUACGGACAGCCAACGUGGAUUACUUUGUCGGGCAGGACCCGUUGUAUAAUCUCAAAGAAGGCGAUCCUAUGCUCGCGCUUCCGCCGCCGGACAGUGGAAUAGGCGCAUACCUGGCCAAAAGCUGGGAAACUGCCAUCAAACAAGCGCUGAUGCCGGUCACCAGUAGUCGCACCGAGUCUGUUAGCAGUGAGCCGGAGGAAAAGGUCACCGACAUGAGUCAACUCUACCAAAUUUUCCCCGAUGAAGUGCUUGGCUCCGGACAGUUUGGAAUCGUUUACGGUGGCAUUCAUCGGAAGACACACCGGGCGGUGGCCAUUAAGGUAAUCGAUAAGCUGCGCUUUCCCACCAAACAGGAGGCACAGCUGAAGAACGAAGUUGCUAUUCUGCAAAAUUUGUGUCACGCCGGGGUCGUCAAUUUGGAGCGCAUGUUCGAAACGCCGGAGCGUAUUUUUGUGGUAAUGGAAAAGUUGAAGGGGGACAUGCUGGAAAUGAUUUUGUCACAUCAAAACGGGCGACUAAACGAAAGAGUUACGAAGUUCCUGAUUACUCAGAUUCUGGUAGCUUUGAAGUAUCUGCAUAGCCGCAAUAUCGUUCACUGUGAUCUGAAACCAGAAAACGUGCUGCUAUCGUCGGACAACGAAUUUCCGCAAGUGAAGCUGUGCGAUUUUGGAUUCGCCCGGAUCAUUGGGGAAAAGUCAUUCCGCAGAUCUGUGGUAGGAACGCCGGCCUAUCUGGCUCCUGAAGUUCUACGGAACAAAGGAUACAAUCGCUCGCUGGAUAUGUGGAGCGUGGGAGUUAUCAUCUACGUCAGUUUAAGUGGAACGUUUCCCUUCAACGAGGACGAAGAUAUCAACGAUCAGAUUCAGAAUGCUGCCUUCAUGUACCCCCCGAACCCGUGGAAAGAAAUUUCCUCCGAUGCGAUCGAUCUCAUCAACAAUUUGCUGCAGGUCAAGCAGCGGAAGCGUUUUACGGUUGAUAAGAGUUUGCUACACUGUUGGCUGCAAGAUUUGCAAACCUGGAACGAUCUGCGUAUACUGGAAGCUCAGGUUGGUUUGCGAUAUCUGACGCACGAAUCCGAUGACGCACGUUGGGGUUCCUCUACGCUGAUGGGAGGCGGGAUGCCAUGACCUGAAACGCCAUCCGUAGUCGUAACCGGUGCCAAUAGUUAUAGUAGUAGCACCGCAGCAGCAGCAACAGGAGAUGCUGUCGGACUCACCGGCAGUGGCAGCAACAACAGUAACAACAGCAAUCAGCUUUCGCCUAAAAUGAACGAUUUUCGUGGCAAAGCCGUCAAGUGGGUUCGCGGGCGGCUUUGUCGACUGAUCAAGGCCUAGGGACAACCGUUUUGCUAGGACAUACAAUAGAAUAUCUAUAUAGGUAAGAAAUGUGCUGAAUGACAAACCACAGAGUGAGAAUCCAAAGGAAAUAUUGUCCUUCAGAACCAUCCACAAAAAACAUACACAUUCGAAUUACGGUUAUUAGCACGUAUCUACUCUGAUAACAGCGAAACUGGAUGAUAAAUUGUAUCGUUGACGGUUUUCGAAAAUUAUUCAUUCAAACUGUAAAGGUAUGAUUAUAAUAGCUCAAAAGUUACGCAGUAGCAAAGCUAAUCUUUCCAUUUUGGGUAGCAAUUCGGCUCAGUUGUUAGCAUAACAGUCUUUGUACAGUAGAAAAGGUCAAAUUGUUGGUUGUGGAACAACACAAUUGGUGCACCCACCAGAGUGAGUGCACGACACAAUCCAAGACACUAAUCGAAGGAAUUGAUAGGACGAAGAUAGGUGUACAAAUGCGCGCUCUAAUGAUAAAAUUACUUAAUUGCCAAUCAGCACUCCUACUUUCACCCGUCUUAACUAAACGGAAUCUCUUUCGGAUCGGAGCCAAACUUAUUAGAUCUGUAUCGUUUCUUACUCGGUGGACAUUGAUGGAUAAAAUGCUUUUUGUCGUAAUAUUAGGGGCAUAUUUUACCAGUGACUCAUUCCACUUUCGCUUUAACAAAGUCCCUUCCCAAUGUUAGGGAAGAACCGAGGAGCAGUCUUUAGUUGUUUUAAAUCUAUGUUAUGUUUAUAAUUUGUUUUUAUUAUCUCUUUUUAAGAAUCUAAACUGACUAAACAAUCUAAUUGUUAUCGCUUUUUAGACUAAACGAACCGCUUUUAUGGAUCUGAUCAUUGAAUGACAUGAAUAGGUUUUUUUUAGGACGAAAGAAUAAUUUGAAUUUUGUUUUUUUUCAGUUACAUCAUUGAUGUAAAUAUUUGGCAUAUUUAGCUGUAUCAUGUUAUUAAAUUUGUUUCAAAUAUUUUGUUCCAUUUUAAAAUAAAAAUUAUUCUAAUACUGGCGAUCAACAUAUAAUUUCGGAUUGUAAAACUUAAGUUUUUUUUUAACCUACAUAAAAUCGAUUGAAUCUGAAGUUGAAAAUGUUUAUGAAUUAAAUACUCAUUUCUUUGGAUAAUUAUGAAGAAAAUAAACCAACUUUCAGUUGAACAGUUAUAAAAAAAUUAUCUGUAUUCGAACCAAUAUUUGCUUUCAUAAUUAAAGUGUGGAAUGCAUUAGAGAUUGUCUUCUAAUUUUUUUUGACGAACUACAUUCAAGUCGAAUUGUAGACUUUCAUAAUGGAUUCUCCAUUUUUUUUUUUGACAUUGAUGGUGUUCUGUUAACCACCUUACCCUUUGUUAACAUUCUCAAACUUUUUUGAAGCCUUUUGCAAUUUUCAAAAUAGCAGAAGUAGGUAUGUACCUUAUUUAUUAACUAAAAUUCAAUAUUCCAAUCAAGUUUCAAAUAAACAUAACAUUCCUUUUGUAUUUCGCCGUAAAACUAAAAUUUACUAGAAGCUCACUUAGCAUUCUUAGCAUUAUUGUAGGAAUUAUUCUGUAGUGUGUAUAAAAAACCUUCGUUUAUUUCCAUCGCAACUUACGUAAAUUUAUGUGAAACUAAGUUUCAAAAAACAUUUAUUCUAAUAAACAUGUAUUGCUGAAUUUUACUAAAACUUCAAAGUGCCUCAAACAUCAAACGGGAUGUCUGUCAAUUCGAUGUCCCGUGAACUAAAACAAACCACUAACUAGAAACAAAGAUCAAGAUCGCUCUCAAUGCUUAAACUAACUAAACAAACUUAACUAUAAUACGUACUAAACUAUACACUUGUAAAAUUAAACUGAAACAAUCCUGGCCGUACUCUUUUUUCUACAAAACGUCCAUCCACACAAAGAAAAACGUAAACCCUGACGAACUUUGUCUUGAAUAGAUAGUCGAAACGGAAGUUUGGUGCAAUGUAAAUGUAAAGAGCUUUUCGUUUUCGAUCUUUCCGAACUAUUUUUACUAAUAUCGUCUUUUACUCCCAUAAAUGGUCGAAGAAUCAACCAACAGUCAAUGUGCGUGUGUCCGCGUGAUCGGUUAAAAAUAAGUGGUCAGUUAAAUUUUGCUUUUCGUUUCAUCGCUAGCACAAAGGUGUUUGGGCGUUUCAUAUUUAGACAUAUUUGAUCAGGUUUAAUUUCGGAAAAAAUGAACUGAUUUUGGAUCGGGUUUUACUUGAAGGAAAACAAAACAAAUCAUGCCAAAUGUAUACAAACAAAUAACGUUAAACUCCCUUUGAAUUUGCCAAACAUAGAGAAAAGCGAAGCUGGUUUUAUGAGACAGAAAUCUAAACAGUAAUGCUCACAUAAAAGUAAACUACAAGUUAGGAAACAAACAUGAACAGAAAGAUCGUUGAUGGUACAUACUUCAAUUAUUGGUAUUUUAGAUGUUUUUCUCUAGACCUAAACAUUUUUUUCCUUCAGUAGAAGAAUGUGGAUCAAAGUUCUGAAAAACACACAAAUAGUAACUGAAGCAAAAUAGGCGCCAAACCAGCACACAAUUUGUAACUCUAUCAACGAAACAUUAAACUUUCAUUGGAUCUGUAAAACUUGGGACUACUUAAAAGACAGGAACAAGAAUCUCACAAAACAUUUUGUAACUCGAAUUUGAAGCUACAGCACAGAUCUUAAUCAAUCACUCUUUACUAAAUGGUGAAGCGGUCAGCCAAGUAACAGGGAUGAAUUUACCGAAUCUGUAGGACAAAUACAAACCCCACUCAGCCAAUAGCACAUAAGAGAACAACGGCAUUCUAUAAUUUUUAACUUUUUCAACAACAACAAAAACCACCCUUUCAUCCGAACAUCGAACUUGAACUGUUACUAUGUAACCUUGUCCCCUUUUCGUCACCUUAGGUGAUACUUUCAUCGGCUGAUUUAAACGGGUUUUUCAUCUUGGGCAAUUCAUGGAAAUACAAAAAAAAAAUCAUAAAACCUUUUUGGUAUGAUGGUAUUAUUAAAUUAUUGAAGGUAAUAUCAAAAAUUAUAUUAAAAUAAAACAUACAAUCAUACGUCAAACAAAACUAUACCCAAGUAUAGAAUCCAGUUUAUUGCAACCAAAACACAUUAAAAUGUAACACAAACUAAUCGAUUUUGUCUAUCAUUUUGGCAUCCUUACAUUGUAUUCGAUUUGAAGCAACAAAAAAAAAAUGAAAAUAAAUUGCGAAACAAACAAGUAUUA